AUGAAGAACUGCUGGAAAAUUCCAGUUUUCUUCUUUGCAUGCAGUUUUCUGGGACCCUGGGUAUCUGCAACUCCUAAGCGUCGUCCAAGGUUUCCUGCCAGUCCCAAUGGUGGAAGUGAACUGUGUCCCAAGAUCAGGAUUGGUCAAGAUGACUUGCCAGGGUUUGACCUGAUUUCUCAGUUCCAGAUUGAGAGAGCUGCAUCUCGGAGAACAGUCCAGAGGGUGGUGGGCUCCACUACAUUGCAAGUGGCUUAUAAAUUGGGGAGUGAUGUAGACUUCAGGAUUCCAACAAGGCGUUUGUAUCCCAGUGGACUGCCUGAAGAAUAUUCCUUUUUAACCACUUUUCGGAUGACCGGAGGCACACUGGAAAAGAACUGGAACAUUUGGCAGAUCCAGGAUUCCUCAGGGAAGGAGCAAGUUGGCGUGAAGAUAAACGGCCAAACCAAGUCUGUUGCAUUUUCUUACAAAGGACUGGACGGAAGCCUCCAGUCGGCAGGCUUUUCAAAUGUGCCAUCCCUGUUCGACUCCCGGUGGCAUAAGGUCAUGAUUGGUGUGGAAAGAACCAGCGCCACUCUUUUCAUUGACUGCGUCAGGAUGGAAUCCUUACCUAUAAAGCCAAGAGGCCGGAUCGAUACCGAUGGCUUCACUGUGCUGGGAAAACUUGCAGACAAUCCUCGGGUUUCUGUUCCUUUCGAACUCCAGUGGAUGCUGAUCCAUUGUGACCCGCUGAGACCCAGGAGAGAAACCUGCCAUGAACUGCCUGUCAGGAGCACACCCAGCCAGACCACCGAUGAGAGAGGUCCUCCGGGUGAGCAGGGGCCUCCAGGGCCUCCUGGGCCUCCUGGAGUUCCGGGCAUAGACGGCAUUGAUGGUGACCGAGGACCGAAGGGUCCCACAGGCCCUCCGGGUCCUCCCGGAGAACCAGGCAAGCCGGGAGCACCGGGCAAGCCGGGCACACCAGGAGCUGAUGGAUUAACAGGACCUGAUGGAUCCCCUGGCUCUGUUGGACCAAGGGGACAAAAAGGAGAACCUGGUGUGCCUGGAUCUCGUGGAUUUCCAGGCCGUGGUAUUCCAGGACCCCCUGGUCCUCCUGGGACCACAGGACUUCCUGGAGAACUUGGGCGUGUAGGACCUAUUGGUGACCCUGGGAAAAGAGGACCGCCUGGCCCCCCUGGACCCCCAGGACCCAGUGGAACAAUUGGAUUUCACGAUGGAGACCCAUUGUGCCCCAAUUCCUGCCCACCGGGUCGCUCUGGAUACCCAGGCCUCCCAGGCAUGCGGGGUCAUAAAGGGGCAAAGGGAGAAAUCGGUGAACCAGGAAGACAAGGACACAAGGGUGAAGAAGGUGACCAGGGAGAACUGGGAGAAGUUGGAGCUCAAGGACCCCCAGGAGCUCAAGGCCUGAGAGGGAUCACUGGAGUAGUUGGAGACAAAGGAGAAAAAGGUGCCCGAGGAUUUGAUGGAGAGCCUGGGCCUCAGGGCAUUCCAGGUCCAGCUGGUGAUCAAGGACAGCGAGGACCUCCAGGAGAAGCAGGUCCUAAGGGAGACAGGGGUGCUCAAGGUUUCCGAGGAAUUCCUGGAUCCCCUGGGCCAAAAGGAGACACGGGCUUGCCAGGUGUAGAUGGUCGAGAAGGAAUACCUGGAAUUCCGGGAUCAAAGGGUGAAGCAGGGAAGCCUGGACCUCCUGGUGAUGUGGGAUUGCAGGGGCUGCCGGGUGUACCUGGGAUUCCUGGUGCCAAAGGUGUCGCUGGUGAAAAGGGUAACACAGGUGCUCCAGGGAAGCCUGGCCAGUUGGGAAGUUCAGGAAAACCAGGCCGCCAAGGGCCACCAGGAGAGGUGGGACCUCGAGGACCCAGGGGGCUUCCUGGCAGUAGAGGAGAAGUUGGACCAGAAGGGUCCCUGGGCAUACCAGGAAAACUGGGACCUCUUGGUAGCCCUGGCCUUCCUGGCCUGCCUGGACCCCCUGGACUUCCUGGAAUGAAAGGCGACAGGGGUGUGUUUGGCGAACCGGGUCCCAAGGGUGAACAGGGUGCCUCUGGUGAAGAAGGUGAAGCAGGGGCGAGGGGUGAUCUUGGAGAUAUGGGAUUACCUGGCCCAAAGGGAUCUGUGGGUAACCCUGGGGAACCUGGCCUGAGGGGCCCUGAAGGAGUCAGAGGGCUUCCUGGAGUGGAAGGACCAAAAGGACCACCUGGACCCCGGGGCGUGCAGGGAGAACAGGGUGCCACUGGGCUGCCUGGUAUCCAGGGCCCUCCGGGCAGAGCACCGACAGAUCAGCACAUCAAGCAGGUCUGCAUGAGAGUUAUGCAAGAGCAUUUUGCUGAAAUGGCUGCUAGCCUCAAGAGACCAGAUGCAGGAGCUUCUGGUCUUCCUGGGAGGCCUGGUCCCCCUGGGCCUCCGGGUCCCCCUGGAGAGAAUGGUUUCCCGGGUCAGAUGGGAAUUCGUGGCCUCCCAGGCAUGAAGGGUCCCCCUGGGGCUCUUGGCUUAAGAGGACCUAAAGGUGACUUGGGAGAAAAAGGAGAACGUGGGCCUCCAGGACGAGGUCCUAAGGGUUUGCCUGGAGCUACAGGUCUCCCAGGUGAUCCAGGUCCUGCCAGCUAUGGGAAGAAUGGCCGAGAUGGAGAGCAAGGACCCCCAGGAGUGGCAGGAAUUCCUGGUGUGCCUGGACCCCCAGGUCCUCCAGGCCCUCCUGGUUUCUGUGAGCCAGCCUCUUGCACCCUGCAGGCUGGUCAACGAGCAUUUAGCAAAGGGCCUGAGAAGUGAAAGCCUUAGAGCGUUAUAGGCCCUCUACUCUGUACCUGGUAGAGAAGCAUGGGGGAGAAAUAACAUCCAAAGCUGGGGUAAGACUAAAAGGUUUCAUCUUCAACGUGAUUCCACAAAUCCUACUUGACAAUCAGAUUUAGAACAACGGUGCUAUCCAGUGAGUCUUGUUCCUUAUCCAUGAGAGGAAGACGGGGGAGUCAUCAGACAAAAAUCAAAUUCCCUCUAGCCAAAUUAAUGCUCUUCUUCCCAGGAUCUUGAACUUUAGUGUGUUAUAAAUAAGUAUGUGAUUUAUUGUGGGCCACUGUGCCGACAAACAAAAACAACUGUCCAGUUUACCUCGGUUGCUGUAGUUAUCUCAUUUCAGUCUAGAUACUGCUCUUGGAUUAUUAAUUCAGUUAUAUCAAGUAUUACUAGGAGAGUAAGGAAGAAACCCCACUACAUUCAAUAAAAUUGGUGCUUAAAAUCUCCAUCAGGGAUUUGUCACAGACGUGGUCUCUUUCCAUCAUACAGUGGUUUCCAUCUUUAUUCUGAAUUUGUGACUUGUAUGUACUGUAUCCCAAACCCAUUCAUAUUUUAAGAUCUCCUAUGUGAAAGCAAAGAAGUAAUUUUAAUACCCUGACAUGCAUACAUUUUAUUGCUGACAUUAUUUAUUUUAAAAGUUUGAGGUAACAUCUCUGAUUGUACCAAAGAACAAAUAAACAUGGUUUCACAAUCUUUUGUAUGUUUCUAAAGAAAUAGUCAUGUUAAAUGUGGUUAAAUGUUAA